AUGGACCGCGCAUCCGUGGCGCGGUCGCAUCGAGCAAAUGGCUUUGCCGGCUACGAGGAUAUCGUCGACGAUCUGCUCUUCCAUCUUCGUCUCGUGCUUCUCGCCUCGUCCGAGUACGUUGCGUCCCACGGCCUCCUCGUGCGCGGCGUCCGCGGCGUGGGCAAGACGCUCUUGCUGCAAGCGCUCGGAACGCAGCUCCGGAGCCUCGGGAUCCCCGUCUUGUACCUUGAGGGCAUGGCGUUGAUGCUCGAGUCGGCCGUGACGACUGCGUUUCCAUCACCAACGGCUUUCUUGGCCCACAAGAUGCAGUCGCUCACAGAGUGUGGUGUCCUCCUCCUCGACAAUGUCGAUGCGUGCUUUGAAGAGCACGAGGUGUCGCCCAUGGGCCGCAGCCUCCUCCAGGUCCUCGAUUCGAUUGGCUCGCGCCGCGUCGUCGUCGUCGCGUCAUCGACGGUCGGUCUUCCCGCGUCGGCGACGCGCGUCGGCCGGCUCGAGCGCGAGUUGGAGCUGCCCGUGCCGAGCGAAGCGUGCCGCCACGCGAUUCUGCAUCGGCUGCUGCUCGCAGCGCCGCUGGACGCGCCUCGGAACGACGUAGCACAUCGCGUGGCGCUCGCGACCGGCGGCUACGUCGCCAAGGACCUCGUCCGCGUCUGCCGGCACGCGCUCGCGUCGUCCAAGCUCCAGGAGGCGCCGACCGUCGUGUGGCAAGACUUUGUCAAGGCGCUUGGGGUCACGACGCCGUCGCAGCUCCAAACCCUCAACGUGCAGGCCCCCGGCGCCGCGUUGGCGAGCUGGACCCGCUUCGCGGGCUAUGCGACGCUCAAGAACCGCCUCCUCGAGCUCAUCUCGUACCGCUUUGAGCGAAAAGAAGCGCUGGCGGCCCUCGGUGUGCAGAGUGUCUCCGGCAUUCUUCUCUACGGUCCGUCGGGCUGUGGCAAAACCACGCUCGUGCGCGGCCUCGCGGCCAAGUGCAACGCCAACUUUGUGCGCGUCCAGUCGUCCGACCUCUUGUCCAAGUACUUUGGGGAGACGGAAAAGUCGAUCCGAGAUGUGUUUGCUCGCGCACGGGCGUCGGCGCCGUGCAUUCUGUUUUUGACGAAGUACGAUCGAUGCAAAAACAGCAGCAGUGUCUACGCCCGCGUCUUGUCCACGCUGCUCAACGAAAUGGACGGCGUUGGCGGGCAGGCGUCCGAGGUGAUUGUGAUGGCGGCCACCAACCGCAAGGAUGCACUCGACGCGGCGCUUGUGCGGCCGGGCCGCAUCGACCAAGCCCUCGAGGUCGGGUACCCGAACGAAAACGACCGCCUCGCCAUUUUCGAGUCGUACACGCGCCGCAUGCCCCUAUCGCCCGACGUCGACCUCGCCGCACUUGCGUCGACGCCCUUUGAUUUGCGCAACGACAUGAGUCAAAUGCUGCGGUCGGCACACAUGACGGGCGCCGACAUUGGCGCCAUCUGCAAGGCCGCCGCCUUCCAUGCGCUUCGGCACGACGAGCACGCGGCGACCGUUGGCAUGGCGCACUUUAGAGCCGCGAUCGCCUCGCGCCUCGAGCGUGUCUAA